UGGUUGGACCACUUUGAUAUUGUUUUCUUUUGGAGAAUUUAACUAUGAGAUGGGACCAUGUAUGUGUGUGUGUCUUCUCACUUAACUUGCUCAGUCAUGUAAGUUUGGUCUUUCGUGGGGUUCCUAGGAAUUAGCCCUUCCGAAAGGUGUUCUACCCAGAGGAAUACAGGGAGGUUCUUGUGUCAGGGUAUUGGGUUCUUUCGAGCUUUGCAGUGUGGUAGUUCUGAGUCUAAUGGGGAGGCUAGGCUUUCACAGGUUUUUGGAUUUUUUCUCUCUUUCAAACUAUCCAAAUUCUUGUCUUUGCAUGAAUCCCAUGGAAGAAGAAGAAGACAAUCUUGAGAGAAAAGCUCUGAUGAAAAGUCAUGUAGAACAGAUGCUAAAGCUUGGAGAGACUGUUGAUGGAAGCAAGACACUGGCUUUUCAUCUCGAGCCUAAGACUGUAGUUUUAAGAGUGUCAAUGCAUUGCUACGGCUGUGCAAGAAAAGUGGAGAAACACAUCUCAAAGAUGGAAGGAGUGACCUCCUUUGAAGUAGACUUGGAGAGCAAAAAGGUGGUUGUGAUGGGGGACAUCACUCCUUUUGAGGUCUUGGAGAGUGUCUCCAAGGUCAAGUUCGCAGAGCUAUGGGUGGCCCGUGAGUCAUCAAAAAGUGCAUCGUUUGAUGAAGGCACCAACACACAGUCUUCAAGCUCUCACUGAAUCGAUCAACUACUUCUGUGGAUGUUAUAAAUUCUAUGCAAAUAGGCAGAGCCACCUCUCUAGAACAUUGCACCUGAUCGUUGCCUCACCUAUCUUGUCCUGCGUUUGUUGAUGAAGUUAGAUUUUUCACAUAUUUCCCCUCCAUAUUUUAUUUGGGGACAUGGAAAAAUAUAUAUUGCUACUAUAGGAUUACAAGCAGAGAACAAUUGUUUGGCAUCCUCUAAGCUAGGAA